AUGUUGUCGAAAAAAGCAAGUUGUGACUCACAUGGGCAAGACUCUUCCUACUUCCUAGGGUGGCAAGAGUAUGAGAAGAACCCUUAUGAUCCAGUUCAAAAUCCAAACGGCAUCAUUCAGAUGGGACUUGCAGAGAAUCAACUUUCGUUUGACUUGGUUGAGUCAUGGCUUGCAACCAACCCGGACGCACUGGAGCUGAAAAGAAAUGGAGGAUCCGUUUUCAGAGAGCUGGCUCUCUUUCAAGACUAUCACGGCUUCCCUGCUUUCAAAAAUGAGCUGGUAGAGUUCAUGGCGGAAAUGAGAGGUAAUAGAGUAAAAUUCGAUCCAAACAAUCUCGUGCUCACGGCUGGUUCAACUUCUGCAAAUGAGACUCUCAUGUUUUGCCUUGCUGAGCCUGGCGAAGCGUUCCUCCUUCCCACUCCAUACUAUCCAGGGUUCGAUAGAGAUCUUAAGUGGCGUACCGGAGUUGAAAUUGUUCCCAUACAAUGCACAAGUGAAAAUGGCUUCAAAAUCACUGCGCCUGCAUUGGAAGAAGCCUAUCAAAGAGCCCAAGAAUUCAAUCUAAAAGUCAAAGGGGUGCUGGUCACAAAUCCCUCAAACCCUUUAGGCACAACAAUGACAACACUGGAGCUCAACCACCUCAUAGACUUUGCUGUUGCAAAAGAAAUCCACAUAAUAAGCGACGAAAUAUACUCAGGAACAGUCUUCAACUCUCCUAGUUUCGUAAGCAUCGUGGAAGCCGUAACCGAAAGAAACCUAGAAGACACUGAACUAUGGAACCGCGUCCACAUUGUGUACAGCCUCUCUAAGGAUCUUGGCCUGCCGGGUUUUCGGGUAGGCAUGAUAUACUCAAACAAUCAAACAGUUGUGUCGGCCGCCACAAAGAUGUCAAGCUUUGGACUUGUCUCUUCACAAACUCAAUACAUGCUUUCCCAAAUGCUCAAAGACAAGAAAUUCACAGCCAAUUACUUGAAGGAGAACCAAAAGAGGCUUAGAAAGAGAAGGCAGAUGUUUGUUUGUGGGCUCAAAGGGGCAGGGAUUAGGUGUUUGAAAAGCAAUGCUGGGUUGUUUUGUUGGGUGGACAUGAGGCACCUUUUGAAGUCUAACACUUUUGAAGCUGAAAAGGAGCUUUGGAUGAAAGUGGUUUGUGAAUUUGGGCUCAACAUCUCUCCUGGGUCGUCUUGCCAUUGCUCUGAACCGGGUUGGUUCAGAAUGUGCUUUGCAAACAUGUCCGAGGACACACUCGAUGUUGCAAUGCAACGUGUCAAGGCCCUUGUGGAGCCCACCAUGGUUCACCAAUCGGUGGUCUCUAAAUCAACUUGGUUGCAGACCAAGUGGGUUUUUCAAUUGGCUUCAUAUGAUCGUGAACCAGACCGUUAAUUAGCCCAAGUGAAAUGUUGAAGUUAUUUGUUUUGCUCAUGAAGCCUAGCUAAGCUAGAGAUUUAAGUAUGUGAUGA